ACCAAACACAGCUACUAGAAAGAAACUCAAAUGGCCACCUCUUCCUAUGUCCUUCUCUUCGCUCUUCUUGCGUUGGUCUCAUGGCAGGCUAUCGCUUCUGAUCCGAGCCCCUUGCAAGACUUUUGUGUCGCAGACAACAGCUCACAUGUUCUAGUUAAUGGGUUUGUAUGUAAAGACCCAAAGGACGUGAAGGCCGAAGACUUUUUCUUGGCGGCCAAACUCGACACGCCGAGAGACACAAAGACGAACAAAGUUGGGUCCAAUGUCACUUUGAUCAAUGUAAUGCGGAUUCCUGGCCUCAACACAUUGGGCAUCUCCCUGGCGCGCAUCGACUAUGCACCUCUAGGCGAGAACCCACCGCACACUCACCCGCGUGCCACUGAGAUCCUCACCGUGCUUGAAGGGACCCUUUAUGUCGGCUUUGUCACAUCCAACCCAGAAAACAAGUUUUUGUCGAAGGUGCUUAACAAGGGUGACGUGUUUGUAUUCCCAGAAGGUCUCAUCCACUUCCAAUUCAACCCUAACCCCUACAAACCAGCGGUGGCAAUUGCUGCACUUAGCAGCCAGAACCCUGGGGCUAUCACCAUUGCCAACGCUGUGUUUGGGUCAAAACCGGCAAUCUCAGACGAUGUUCUUGCCAAGGCAUUCCAAGUGGAGAAGAAGACUGUAGACUGGCUUCAGGCUCAGUUUUGGGCAGAUAACCAGAACUAAUGAAGUCUUGCAUGGACAAACGUUGAAAAUAGAAUCGUCUUGGCUCAUAUACAAUAUAUUUGUUUGUUUUAUUGUACUAGCUUGUAAAACAUUUAUCCUCUAUGGUUGAAAUACUCG